GCGACGAUGCAUCGCCACUCCUCGCCUCUCCCGCUCCCUCUUGCUCCUCCUCUCCACGGCGGCGAUGCCUUCCCCGACGUGCUACCUCAUCCUAAACCCUUCCAGAACCUGCCACCGCCCCCUCCUGCCGUCUCCCCGCCUCCCCGCGCGGCUCCGUGUCUCCUGCGACGUGCCGCGGCAGGGGAGUGAUGGCGGCGGCGGGCCGAAGCGCGGGGUCAUACCCACCGGAGCAGGCAAGGCUAAGAAGCAGGUCGUGUUCUUCGACGCCGCGCCGCCGGUCGCGCAGCGGGGCGGCGAGGAGGAGGAGGGCAAGGUAGAGGCGCAGACGAAGGUGGACGGCGCGGCGGUGCGGUUUCUGAGGCGGGCGACCAAGCGGACGCUCUCGGUCUUGUCCAACCUCCCGCUCGCCAUCGCCGAGAUGUCCGCCAUUGCCGGCCUCAUGGCCCUGGGCACGGUGAUUGACCAAGGAGAGGUGCCGAGCCACUACUUCGAGCAGUUCCCCGAGGACAACCCGGUGUUCGGCUUCAUCACGUGGAGGUGGAUCCUCACCCCAGGCUUCGACCACAUGUUCUCCUCGCCGGUAUUCCUCGGCUUGCUCGCGCUCCUCGCCGCGUCGUUAAUGGCCUGCACCUUCACCACCCAAUUGCCAAUGGUGAAGGUGGCGAAAAGAUGGUCCUUUAUGAGUUCAGGAGGAAGCAUCAAGAAACAAUCCUUUUCCGAAUCUCUUCCCCGCGCAUCUAUUCAGGAUUUGGGGGUCAUUUUGAUGGGGGCUGGAUAUGAGGUCUUCACCAAGGGCCCGUCUUUGUACGCUUUCAAGGGCCUGGCCGGUCGCUAUGCGCCUAUCGGAGUGCACGUGGCGAUGAUUUUUGUGAUGGCAGGUGCCACCCUUUCUGCGACCGGGAGCUUCAAAGGCUCGGUGGAUGUCCCGCAGGGACUAAAUUUCGUAAUUGGAGAUAUCAUGAAACCCAAAGGCAUUUUCUCCGUCGCGCCGGAUGCUUUCAAUACGGAAGUCCAUGUCAAUCGGUUCUACAUGGAGUACUAUGACAGUGGAGAGGUUUCACAAUUUUACAGUGAUCUUUCACUUUUCGACCUUGAUGGCAAGGAAGUAAUGAGGAAGACGAUCAAGGUGAAUGAUCCCCUGAGGUAUGGUGCGAUCACGAUAUACCAAACGGACUGGGGAUUUUCAGCACUACAAGUGAAGAAAAAUGGUGAAGGCCCUUUCAACUUGGCCAUGGCCUCCUUGAAACAGAGUGGCAAUAAAAAGCUAUAUGGAACAUUCUUGCCACUUGAAGAUCCUGAUCCGACUAAGUCUAGCGUCAAGGGAAUAUCUAUGCUUGCUCGAGAUCUGCAGUCUAUUGUGUUGUAUGAUCAAGAUGGUAAGUUUGUAGGGGUUCGUCGGCCAAGCUCAAAGCUCCCCAUUGAAAUCAAUGGUAAUGAAAUAUUAAUUGAAGACGCUAUUGGCAGUACGGGUCUGGAUCUUAAGACCGAUCCAGGAAUUCCUGUCGUGUAUGCUGGAUUUGGCGCGCUCAUGUUGACGACCUGCAUUAGCUAUCUUUCUCAUGCUCAGUUAUGGGCGCUGCAAGAUGGAACUACAGUAGUAGUCGGUGGGAAGUCAAAUCGAGCCAAGAUUGAAUUUUCUGACGAGAUGAACCGGUUACUAAAUAAAGUACCAGAGUUGAUCAGUGUUAAUGAGAAAACAGUAGAUAAUAAAUCAAGUACUGCAUGAGGGAUUCUUUUUGCUUAGUUGAGAUCAUUGAAGACGCAGAUGUCGUUUUGCAUGGAUUGAGGUAGGAACUCCAAACAAGUCCCAUUUUGAGAAAAGAAAAUCAUACCAUCUAUUUGACGAAUGCAAGGCAUGUUGCAGUUGGACUCUGUAUUCAAAAUUGAGGCAGCAUUUGGUUACAAGGAAAAUAUCAUACAUUCUAAUGGAUCUAUGGUAUUACUGCAUUGAAAUGAAAAUGAUGUCGUAGGUGUAUUACUACUGAACAUAGUGAUAAAACAAUACAGACUAUACCCCGAAGAUGAACCAUCGCUCUUGUUACUGGAUUUUUCUGUAAGAUGUUGUAAACUGAGUCAUACAAACUCAUUUGAAAAUUACAGUCUAUGCUUGAUUAUUACCAGCA